GCAUGGGUGGGCGAGGACUCCACAAUGCUGCAUCUGCCGGUCGAGGCCUUCUCUGCCGUCUUCGAGAAGUACCCCGAGAGCCUGGUGCGGGUGGUGCAGAUCAUCGUGGUGCGUCUGCAGUGGGUCACCUUCCUGGCCCUGCACAAUUACCUGGGGCUGACUAAUGAACUCUUCAGCCACGGGAGUGAUGGGCCCGGCCCUGGAGCUCCUCCCACGGGAGUGGUGGAUCCUGCUCCCUGCACCAGAACCUUCGUCCUUCCUAUCCCCGGUCCCUCCUGCCCAUGGCCGUUUGGGCCAGACUUGGGCCAGUGUCCAAACUCUGGUCCCACUAGGGGGGCUGGAGGCCGGCACCUGGCUGGGGAGGGGACAGAAAGAGCUAGAACCCCCUGAGCAAAGCCCCUGUGUCUGUAAGGGGGGGAUCCUGGUGCAGCAGGGAUGGAGCA